AUGCCUGAAAGUAACAAGGCAUACAUUGUGCUUGAUCAACAACACUUCCAACUGGAGAAUAUUGAUAAACAGUGUUCACUUGAGUUGGCGUAUGAAAUGACCACAGUACUCAAUCCUAGUGGCACUUUUAGAAUUCUCGUUUCCGUACUUCGCCUCGGACUACUAACGACCUAUGAACAGUACCGAAAAAUUGAAGAACCAUUAUUUAUGGCACGAGGUGUUACGAGAUUUGGUUUAUCAACAUUUGAUGACGUUCCAAUGGAAAUGAGCAGCUUUUUGGACUACGAGACUUUCAGGCUAAAAUAUUUCAACUUUUUCGAUGAUUCUCCAACGUUGAGUAUCUCACACUUUUCGAACGCUCUCAAAAGCAUCACAGACUACUUUCAACACCGAUAUGAAUUGGUCUAUUUGCACACGAGUUACACAACAAUGUUCCGUAGGUGCAGCAAGACGGACCAAGAAUUUCCGGAGCUCAUUGUGUAUAUUCAAGGGUGCCUUGUUCCAACGGAUUUCAAGAAUCAACUGGCCUCAUUGUUGGACGAAACUUCCGAAGUAUACCAACAGACUCUGGGAUCAGUGUACAAAUCUCUAAGCGAUACUAUGCGCGCAUGGAAAUUGGAGGACUGUGUCAGCUCACUAAUAGUUGACCCAUUUAUGCGUAAAUCGGAGCAAUAUCUAACGGCCAUUGGGCACAUUGGAUUCGAUUUCAUUCAUCUUAUGAAGAAAAUUCCGAACCUGUUUAAAGAAAAUAACCUCGAAAAGUUCGUUGAGACAUACUCGAAGAAGCCGACUGUAGGGAUAUACAAAUUUCGAAUGAAAGGUAACCAAGUGUAA